UGAAUUUAUUUCCCUGCCCCUCGCGUUCUGCUCUCCCCUUGCAGCUUGCCGCUCCUCGCUUCCGAGACCUGCUCCUUCGUCCGCUCGCCCCUCCGAGACAAUAUCCGCCAUUGCCGACGACGCCGCCGCCAUGGAAGCCGUCGCUGAUGAUGCCGCCAUGGACGCCGUCCAAAGGCGCCUUAUGUUCGAGGACGAAUGCAUUUUGGUGGAUGAGCAAGACAACGUCGUUGGACAUGAAUCUAAAUAUAACUGCCAUCUGAUGGAAAAUAUUGAGUCUCAGAAUGUGCUCCAUAGGGCUUUUAGUGUUUUUCUCUUCAACUCAAAGUAUGAGUUGCUACUUCAGCAAAGGUCUGCAACAAAAGUAACAUUUCCAUUGGUGUGGACAAACACCUGCUGCAGUCAUCCUCUUUAUCGGGAAUCCGAACUUGUCGAGGAGAACUUCUUAGGGGUCAGAAACGCUGCACAAAGGAAGCUAUUCGAUGAACUCGGAAUACCCACAGAAGACUUGCCUGUCGAUCGAUUCACUCCUGUCGGUCGCAUGCUCUACAAGGCGCCAUCUGAUGGAAAAUGGGGGGAGCACGAGCUGGAUUACCUGGUCUUUGUGGUUGCUGAUGUGAAGCUGCUUCCCAACCCGGACGAAGUCGCGGAUGUCAAGUACGUCAACAGGGAGCAGCUGAAGGAGCUGCUGGAGAAAGCAGAUGCCAGCGAGGAGGGUGUUAAGCUUUCUCCCUGGUUUAGGCUGGUGGUCGAUAACUUUCUGAUGAAGUGGUGGGACUGUGUGGAGAGCGGCACUCUGCCGGAGGUAGCAGACAUGAAGACCAUUCAUAAACUGGUUUAGGAAUUGUUGGACGAUGUGAUGAUCCUGCGGAAACUGAGGGAACUCUGAUAAAAUAGUGUUGACCAUGCGGAAGUAGUUUAUAAUAUGUAUCCUGCCCAUGGCGUUGACUGUGGACAGUUUAAUCUUAUCAAAUUUGGUAAAUGGC